AUGGCUCCUCUAUACACCAUCAUCGGCACUCCCUUCAGCACUUUCACCCGUUCCAUCACACUUGGUCUGGUGCACAAAGGUGUCGAGUACAACCAGGUCAGAGUCACACCUCACAGCGAGACCGCGGAUGAGUACCAUCCUUUCGGAUUCCUUCCCACCCUCGUCAUCCACGACAUCAACGGCAAGAAAGUCGAUCUGAAAUUGCGCGAGUCCCAAGCCAUUGCGCGAUACAUAGAUCGAAUCCAUCCAGAACCGACCCUUCAUCUAGACGUCGAGGAGGCGGUCGCCAACGGUGCACCUGCUGAUGCCAUCAUCCCGGAGAAAAUGUGGGAGUUUGUCAGUCUCUCUGGCGCGUUUGGUAACUCUCGAUUUCCCAUCGUCGAGGGUGGCUGCGUCAAAAAGCGCGUUGCAGCCACUGACGAAGCUAAGCUUUCAGACGCCGAGGUCAGGUCGAACAUCAAGGAAGGGGUAGACAGGCUCAAGUUUUUCCUCUCGAAAAUCGAAAAGCUUAUGGCUCCCGACGGCUUUGUCUUCGGCAAGAAGGUCACAUGGGCGGACUUCUUCUUGUUCCCGCUCCUCGCGGACUUGAGGGCUACGCCUGAGGGAGAAGUUUUGUCGCCGAGGUUGAAAGGGUGGAUGGACUUGAUGGAUGGGCUCGAGGCGGUGAAGAAGACGGCCCCGGGUACUUUGUCCGUGGGGGCUAGGCCACCUUAG